AUGUUCAAUCCCGACUACGCCAUGUUCAAGCCGUCGGCGUCGGGCCGAGUGACGUACCAGCCGAACCCGCAGAGCUGGGCGAACCCCGAGCACCUGCUGUACUUCAAGUUUGUCGGGCGCAUCAUCGGCAAGGCGAUUGUGGACCAGCGGGUGCUGGAUGCGUACUUUACGCGGUCGUUCUACAAGCACAUUCUGGGACGCAAGGUCGACUACCGCGACAUGGAGGCCAUUGACCCGAGCUACUACCAGUCGCUGGAGUGGAUUCUGCAGAACGACAUCACCGACGUCGUCGAGGAGACGUUCAGCAUGGAGGUCGACAACUUUGGCCAGCAGGAGAUCAUCGACCUGAUCCCCGACGGGCAGGACGUGCUGGUGACGGAGGCCAACAAGGCCGAGUACGUGCGGCUGGUGACCGAGCAGCGCCUGUCGCGGGCCAUCAAGGACCAGAUUGCCGCGUUCCUGACCGGCUUCCACGACCUGAUCCCGCAGGACCUGAUCCAGAUAUUCAACGAGCAGGAGCUCGAGCUGCUGAUCAGCGGCAUGCCCGACAUCGACGUCGACGACUGGCGCAACAACACCGACUACCACGGCGGGUACAGCGCCAGCUCUGCGCAGAUCCAGUGGUUCUGGCGCGCCGUGCGCUCGUUUGACCAGGAGGAGCGGGCCAAGCUGCUGCAGUUUGUGACCGGCACCAGCAAGGUGCCGCUGGAGGGCUUCACGCAUCUGCAGGGCAGCCAGGGCGUGCAAAAGUUCCAGGUCCACAAGGACUUUGGCUCGCCGACGCGCCUGCCCACCGCACACACAUGCUUCAACCAGCUCGACCUGCCCAUGUACGACUGCUUCGAGACCCUCAAGGCCAAUCUGCUGGUGGCCAUCUCCGAGUGCAGCACGGGCUUUGGCUUUGUGUAA